CAGUCACCACCUUAAACCAAAAACAUGGCCCCUCACCCUCUGUCUCUCAACCUAGCCUCCUUCAUUAUCUUUUCUCUCAUCCUCACCUCCUCUGCCGCGGAUGACGAGCACCAAUUCGAGUUCAUGGACGUCGCCGCCGCCCUCAACCAAGCCCGUCAAGUCUUCACUCCGGCGACAACCGUACUACCACAGCAACAACUAUACGGCUCCCCCCCUCUCUCCCUAACCAUCCACCCCCGCUCAACCCUCCCCUCCGCCCGCCCCACCGCCGCCAACUACACCGCCCUCACCCUCUCCCGCCUCGCCCGCGACCAAUCCCGCGUCCACUCCCUCCUCCUCCGCCACUCCCUCUCCCUCUCCCGCUCCUCCGCCUCCGAAUUCUCGCCCCAGCAGUUCCAGUCCCCCGUCACCUCCGGCAUCCGCCUCGGCAGCGGCGAGUACUUCGCCCGCCUCGGCGUCGGCCGCCCCUCCAAGGACUUCUACAUGGUCGUCGACACCGGCAGCGACAUCAGCUGGCUCCAGUGCCAGCCCUGCUCCACCUGCUACGACCAAGCCGACCCCAUCUUCAACCCCUCCGCUUCCGCCUCCUACCGCCCUCUCCCCUGCGCCUCCUCCCAGUGCUCCGCCCUCGAAGUCUCCGCCUGCCGCACCGACUCCUGCCUCUAUCAGGUUAGCUAUGGUGAUGGCUCCUACACAGUCGGCAACUUCGCCACGGAGACCGUCACAUUCGGCACCACCGGCUCCGUCCCCAACGUCGCAAUCGGGUGCGGCCACCACAACGAGGGAUUAUUCGCCGGCGCGGCCGGGCUACUAGGCCUCGGCGGCGGAACCCUAUCCCUAAAUUCCCAAAUCAAAGCGGCCUCGUUCUCGUACUGUCUAGUAAACCGCGACUCCUCUUCUUCCUCCACUCUCGAAUUCAACUCCGCCCGCGCCGCCGACGCCGUCCUCGCUCCGCUCCUCACCAAUCCCCGAAUCAACACCUACCACUUCGUCGCCCUCACCGGAAUCAACGUCGGCGGCCGGCCGGUCAACUUCUCCCCGGACCUCCUCGCGAUCGGCGGCGACGGCCGCGGCGGGGUGAUCAUCGACUCCGGCACGGCGGUGACGCGGCUGAGGUCGGAGGUGUAUAACUCGGUGAGAGAUGCCUUCGCCGGAAUGGCGCGGGAUCUACCGGCGGCAAGCGGGUUCUCGCUUUUCGACACGUGCUUCGAUCUCUCGAGGAUGACGACGGUGAGGGUGCCGACGGUGUCGCUGCAGUUUGCCGGGGGGAAGGCGGUGGCGCUGCGGCCGAGCAAUUUCCUAAUUCCGGUGGACGACGCCGGAAAAUACUGCUUUGCGUUCGCGGGGACGAGCGGGUCGCUAUCGAUAAUUGGCAACGUGCAGCAGCAGGGGACACGUGUCAGUUACGAUUUAGCUAAUAAAGUUAUUGGUUUCAGCCCCAAUAAAUGCUAGGACUCCAAUUAUUACUACUAUAGUAGUAGCUUAUUUUUAAUUUCAAUAAUUCUUAAUCUUAUUUGUACCUCAAAUAUAAUCAAACACGGCUUCAGUUAAAUUUUUGUC